UGUCACGUGGCCGCCCGCCCUCCUCGAUACAGCGUUCUGGUUCACGCGCACGAGCUUCAUCCGAGCGAGGCUAGCUGUUAGCUUUCAGUGUAUAGACGGCCAAGAUGAGUUUCCUGGGGGGUUUGUUCGGGCCUGUAUGUGAGAUAGAUGUCCUGCUCAAUGAUGCCGACAGCCGGAAGACUGCUGAAGUGAAGACAGAAGAUGGCAAACUGGAGAAACAUUAUCUGUUUUACGAUGGAGAAUCUGUGUCCGGCAAGGUGAAUCUAAAUGUGAAGCAGGGAGGAAAACGACUCGAGCACCAGGGCAUCCGCAUUGAGUUUGUUGGACAGAUCGAGCUCUUCUCCGACAAAAGCAACACCCACGAGUUUGUUGAUUUGGUGAAAGAGUUGGCGCUGCCCGGAGAGCUCACCCAGAACAGGAGCUACGACUUUGAGUUCAUGCAGGUGGAGAAGCCCUAUGAGUCCUACACUGGAGCUAACGUCAGGCUAAGGUAUUUUCUCAGGGUAACAAUAGUGCGUCGACUGUCAGACCUGGUGAAGGAGUACGAGCUGAUUGUCCAUCAGUUGGCUACCUACCCAGACAUAAACAACUCCAUCAAGAUGGAAGUUGGCAUAGAAGAUUGUCUUCACAUCGAGUUUGAAUACAAUAAAUCCAAGUACCACCUAAAAGAUGUCAUUGUUGGAAAGAUUUACUUCCUGCUGGUCAGGAUCAAGAUCCAACACAUGGAGCUGCAGCUCAUCAAGAAGGAGAUAACAGGCAUAGGUCCCAGUACGACCACCGAGACAGAAACGGUUGCCAAGUAUGAGAUCAUGGAUGGAGCCCCAGUUAAAGGAGAAUCUAUUCCCAUCAGACUGUUUCUGGCAGGGUACGACUUGACACCCACCAUGAGAGAUGUCAACAAGAAGUUCUCUGUACGGUACUUCCUGAAUCUGGUGCUCGUGGAUGAAGAAGACAGGCGAUACUUUAAACAGCAGGAGGUUGUUUUGUGGCGGAAAGCUCCAGAGAAGCUGAGAAAACGAAACUUCCACCAGCGUUACGAGUCUCCUGACCCCCGAACUCAGCCUAGUGCGGAGCAGCCAGAGAUGUGAGGGCGAGUGAGGCCAUGAACUGAAAAACACAACCCAUACCAACCCUUCACUGCUGAGCAGCCAGAGGUGUGAGGGCUACCACACUCUUCUUGGACUACACACACACACACACACACACGUGACAUCUUCCUCAGCCCAUCACUUCAGCUUGAAAUGUGAGCUGUGCUUCCACUGUCACAGCACCGCAACAUUUGGACGCAUGAGCACGCAUAGUCUGCUGAGUGCCUGAUGUCAAGCAGUGAAGACAGCAUUUGAUCUUGAAGGCACAAAACCACACACACAAUAUAAAGCUGAACUCUGUUUGUAGGAACAAAGAAGAAAAACAAGACAGGGUUUUUGGCAACUGCUUAUACCGUUUUGUUAGAGGGUUUGUCUUUGUAGUUGCACCCGCCCCUGCCAUAAUUAUGUUGUUUUUUACAAUUUGGCUGGACACACACAUCCACAUAAGUCAUUCUUUCCUCAGAUGCUGUGUAAAUUUGGACUUGAGAAACAAAUACUCAUCUGAUCAUUUGUUUUUAACCCUGUACUUUGUUUUCUGUUUUUGGGCAAGAAAAACGUCAACCUCUGUUAAAAUGAAUGUUCUGUAAGUCAGCGGUUCUUUACAGAUGAAUACGUUUCAGGUUUUCAAGGUUUUUUAUGCAGUUUCCACAAUUUAGGUGUCAUGUUCAUUGUCUGUAGUUUAUCUCUGUCCUAUUCUAUUAUCCCAUGAUAUCCAAUGGUCAUGGAAGUCCAUUAAUUACUUGUCAUCAAUCAUUUAAAGAACAUCUGUGUCAAAACUGUACAACUGAGUUCUGACAGGAAUUUUUUGCACUCCAUGUGUUCUCACUGUAGGCAUGGUUCUGCCAGGUUUACUUUCCCUUGAUGUGUGUCUAUUCAUGUAACAAUCCUACCCAAUCUUCUGUUGCAAGCACUGGAUGCAAUGCAGUUCCUCACAAUGUCACUGUGAUGCUUUAAGACAUUUGAACGGUUAUGUGAUGUCACCAAACUUAUGUGUUGGUAAAUGAGCCCGUAAGCUUUGACCUGCAGCCUGUGGUGCACUUUUAUGCCUUAAAAGAUGCACAUAAACUAGAAGGAAAUAUUGUAUCUUACAAGCAUGAAUCCUCAGAGGUCGACUUUAUCUGCAGUUGGGAACUCAAUUAUUUGAAAAAUGUUUUCAUUUAAAACACUAAUAUAUGAUGUUUUUGUCCCUUUUCAUGUGCAAAUCGUGACUCAAUGACAUUAAUUUCAUAAAAGCACCUAGAUCCACCACUGAGCUUCUGUCUUCUUAGCUCAGUGAAUGAAUGUCACUUUUAUUGUACCUUAAUUUGUGAACCGUUUAUGUGCAAGAAACGAUUCAUUUCUUUCAUCCUGCAAGACACAAUGUCUUUCUAGUCAUGUUGGACUUGUUCUUUCAAAUACUGUAACUGCAGGUGAUGAAAAAACGGAUGUUUUGCAUGUUUAUCUUUUUACAAUCACACACCAUAUCAAUAACAUUUUGUGUGUAUGUACAUACAUGAAACCCUUAAAUAGAGCAAAAAAAAGGAUCAUGAAUAAAGGAAAUUUAU